AUGGUGUCCGGGAACUCAAUAAACCAAGACCGUCUUCAACAGCUAAAGGCCUUUGACGAGUCUAAAGCUGGUGUCAAAGGGAUAGUCGAUGGUGGCAUCACAAAAAUCCCACCAAUUUUCGUCCGGCCACCGGAAGAUUCCGCAGGCGAUGACCCAAGUUCCGGCCAACCAACCCAAACCCAAUUCAGUAUUCCGGUCGUGGACCUUGCUGACACUGCCAGCAGGCAUGAUGACGUAGUUGCCAGAGUCCGGCGGGCUGCGGAGACCGUUGGGUUCUUCCAGGUGGUGAACCAUGGAAUACCCAAGAGAGUGUUGGAGGAGAUGUUGAAGGCCGCGCGUGAUUUCCACGAGCUGCCAAGGGAGGUGAAGGCUGAGUACUAUAGGACGGGGCCGGGCUGGACGGUCAAGUUUGGGAGUAACUUUGAUUUGUAUAAGUCAAGGUUUGCUAAUUGGAGGGACAGUCUGUUUUGUGUUAUGGGUCCUGAUCCUAUUGAUCCUCAAAAAUUGCCUGUGGUUUGCAGAGACAUAACUAUGGAAUACUCCGAACAAGUUGACAAACUAGGUGUCACUUUGUUUGAAUUGCUAUCAGAGGCACUCGGGCUUAAAUCUGAGCACCUUAUAGGCAUGGAUUGUGCAAAAGGGCCUCUUAUUAUUAGCCACUACUAUCCUCCAUGCCCUGAGCCUGAGCUGACAAUGGGAACUAGCCAACACUCAGAUCCUUCUUUUCUCACCAUCCUACUUCAAGACCAUGUUGGUGGGCUCCAGGUUCUGUGUGAAAACCAGUGGAUUGAUGUUCCUCCUGUGGCUGAAGCUCUUGUAGUGAACAUUGGAGAUCUUUUGCAGGCAACCACCCUAAUAUAUUUCUCAGCUUACAAAUGGAUUGUGACAUUCUAUUUUGAAAAUAUAGUUUCUAACGCUUGUGUUUUGGUGCAGCUAAUCUCAAACGACAAGUUCUUAAGCGUCAACCACAGGGUCUUGGCUAAAAACGAAGAACCAAGAAUUUCUGUGGGAUGUUUUUUCAGACAUUUUUCACCGGGGAAGUCGUCGUCAAGACUUUACGAGCCAAUCAAGGAGUUGACAUCAGAAGAAAAUCCCCCAAUUUACCGACAAACCACUUUGAAUGAUUUUCUUGUGUACUACUACAAGAAAGGCCUCAAUGGGGUCUCUGCACUUGACUAUUUCAAGCUCUGA